AUGCGAAUAUCAAUCAAGUUUGGUGUACUGUCACUGGUGUUCCUUGUUGCUACUAUAAUACUGUUGAGUCUAUUACAACUCGAUAGGAGACAACCAUCUUCAAGAACAAAUGAUGAUGAGGUGCAUCACAAUAGACAUAUCAAUGUAUUGGCUAAAGAUCUAAACUUUAAAUGGGGAAUAACAAAUCAUACCGCAUCAUCAGUGGACAAUGGCAAUGGCAAUGACAACGAUACACUUGAAGAACAACAGAUAAAGAUGAAGAGAUGUAGGAAUACUGUACAAGGUACAAACAAGAGGAUGUUGGACAACAGUAGCGAGAGUAAUAAUAAUAAUAGUAGUAGUAGUGUAGUCGAUGAUGAGAUAUUCAUUGAUGACCAUGAACAUCGUAUACAUGAUGAUGAUCAUGAUGAUGUGGAGGAUGAGGAGGAGUCACCAGUUGCAACAAGAUUGACAGUAUCAAGUGUAUUCAAACAGUUCUCAUGUUAUAGCUGCAGUGACAAGUAUCACUGUUGCAGUGAGUAUGAGUUCUGUGUAUCAUGUUGUAUGCGCACCGAUAAGAUACCAGUGCUCGAAGUUAUAUUGGCAAAGAUGGUCGAUCGUGGAAUCAGUCCAUCAUAUCUACGCAACCAAUUCGAUCUGUGUACGAUGGCCUGUCGCACCUCAUCACGAUCACUGAUACAUCAACGCGAGUACAAACGUCCCCAUCUGAAAUACUGCUAUGGAACAAAGCUGCCGCCAUAG